AUGCAAUACAACCUGAUCGGGAGCAGAAUCAACAACCACUACGUGGUGGACCCAUACGUCAGCAUGCUCUACUUAAAAAGAGCAUACAGAUUUUUGAAACUCCUAAAAGACAACAGCGGGGAGGUCAUCAUAGUGGGUAACAAACACAGAGAAAUAAAUCUAGAAAAUUAUUUUACUAAAAUUCAGAGAAAGGAAGCAUGUGAUUUAAGUACUUUAACAAAUGUAACGAAGAAGUUCGACCUGCUCAUUUGCACAGACCUUCCCUUGUUCUACCCCUACAUCAAGAAUGUACUCAUCCCAAAAAUGCUGGUUGCAGACGGGACUACGUUCGUCAGGUAUAAAACAUAUCUGCAUGCCUUCGAUUACUUCAUCCCACUGACGAAUCAGAAGCUGGAUCGGCACCUGCACUACGU